AUAGCUUUUAAUUAAGGCUAAACCGAUCAAUUAAAACAAAAAGGAAGGUGGUGAGUACGACAAUUCAGGACAAGGGAAGGCAGAGAAGAAGAAGAGGAAGAGGAAGAAGGAAGGGACUCCAUUUUGAAGCUCCCGCAGAAUUUAUUAAAGGUUGAAAAUGGACAGCAGCAAGAGCAGAUCGGACGAUGAGGACCACCCGGGCUCACAGAAUGGCUACCGGGGCAGGGGAGGGUACAGGGGCGGCAGGGGCGGGGGCUUCAGGGGCAGAGGGGGGCCAGGAUUCUCUUCAUACUCAGGCAGCGGGCCAAUGAGGGGGGGCUUCCGAGGGCGGGGCGGCUUCAGGGGCGGCAGGGGUGGCGGGCCAGAGGAGGGCUUCCGUGGAGGCUUCAGGGGGAACUACCGAGGGAACUUCCGAGGCAACACAUACGGACAGUCCCGAGGAGGGGGGUUCCAGAGUCGUGGGCCACGUGCUCCACGGGGUAACUACCGUGGGGGCAGCUUCAUAGAGGGGGGCGGCUACAGAGGAGGCUACCGUGGGGCUCCAAGGGGACGUGGAGGUGGCGGCGGUGGCUACGAGGGCGGCUACCAGAAGAGGGGGGCCUCACGUGGCUCCCAUGGCGGGCCCCCCAUGAAGCGGCCCAGGAUGGAUGGGGAGAGUGGCUACGGCAACAGUGGGUAUGGCGGCGGCUACAGCUCAGGCUACGACAACUACAACGGCCGCCCAAACUACAACAACGGCUCAAGCUACAACAGUAACGGCUACGACUACAAGUCAAACUCUGGGUAUGACCAGAACUAUGGCGGAGGGAGCAACUAUGACAGCUAUGAUAGCAGGGGGGGCUACAACACCUCCCAAGGCUACAACAACGGUACGUACUAAGGCUCUUUACCUACGUAGACUCAACUCUGCCAGGUCACUCUAGCCCGUACAUGAACCAAGUACGUACAGCAAGGUUUUUGGACAUUUGUGGGGGAGCGAGUACUAUCUGCUAGCCGUGUCUGGCAAUGGGACUCAAGGUGCUGUGCUGCUACAAAAGUCACAUAUAGAGACAGUGGAGUCGGUGGAGUCGCAAAAAAAGAGUAAAAAGUCGAGUGAGAAACGAGAAUGACGGAAAAGAAAUAAAGCGAGACGGAAAGAGAGAGAGAGAAAAAGAAAGAGAGAGGAUGCCCCAAAAAUCUACUUCUAUGCAUACAAAUACUGGACCACACUCAGUUCAAACGACAAAUAUAAAUAACUUGGCCAAUACAAAAUAAGAAGGGUAGGUUGUAAAAGAAAGUACCUUACACCUGCAGUGACUUGAAGAACCGAAUUGAAAUGAUGAAGUAAUAGAAAAAAUUGAUGACUGAAUGAGAGAUGAACAUAAUGGUGAUGAUGAUGAUGAUGAUAGUGUGGCCUCAUGAAUGUCCAAGAAAAAGACCUGUACAAGCCCUGGAUGCCACAUUAAUAUUGCAUUGUUCACAUUUAAGGGAAUAUUAGCGAGUUAAGAUUGUGUGUACUGAAUGGAUUAGUCUUACACAGAAUACUUGUACGGUAGACAUUAGGCCGCAGGUGUAGGUUGUCAUAAUUUCUCACGAGCUGAGAAUCUGUUCCUCAAUUAUUAUUUUUCUCAUACUGAAUCUCUGAUGAUGAAGGAUAUCUAAGUACUAUUUAUUUUAGUAUGACAAACUUCUCAAGAUGGAGGAUACAAAGUAGGAAGUUCUUGGUCACGGUGUAAUGUCUGUCCUUUGUAAUAAGUGAACGCUGCCUGCAGGUAGGCUCGCAGCUCAUCAAGUACAAUAAAACAUAAAAUUGACAAA